AUGGCGCUCUGGGUGUUCCUGGCCUUCUUGGGCAUCGCAGUCGGAGAACACUGCGAGCGCUGCGCAGACGGAGGUGAUCAGGCGGCCUUCCUUCAGUCCGGCAAGGAGUCCUGGCCUGGUGUACGUCGCAGCUACGGCUACUCCUCGAAGACGGAGAAGAUGUUUGAGGACGAACCCUUUGACCUGCCGACAUUGAGCCCUCAGGACAUCGAGACCAUCACUGCCAAUUGCAUUACGGGAGUGGGCUUGGUGGCUUCGCCCCUUCGUGCAGCCGCUGCCAACACCACUGUGGUCAUGCAGAUCGUGAUCAUGCCCAGGGCCACGCCGAGCCAGCCCGUGAACCUCUGGGAUGUGGGCGCUAAGCCCGAUGACUCUGCCUUGUUGGGCAGCCGGGACAUUGCCCGUGGAAAGGCAUUCACGGCCCUGGGCUUCAGCUCCAACGAGAACGUUUUGAGCAGCCGUCAGAUCGGUGGGGCCGCCUUGGUGGCCAACGGGAACACUCCAGCACUAGGAGGAAUCCAGAACACCAACCGCCAGGAGGGCGCCGGCGUCGUCACUUUCGGAGGCGGCAUCCCCCUCUUCAAAGAGGGGAAGCUGGUGGGAGCUGUGGGCGUGAGUGGUGACGGAGUGGAACAAGACGAAGCAGUCGCCCUAGCUUGUGCUACCGAUUUUGAGCCGCCCCCCGCCUUGAGCGCUGGCAUGGUCGGCGAGAAUGUGACGAACCCACUCUCUAGUUGA